GUUGGUGGCCAAGGAGGAUUUAAUAUGUAAGCCCUUGCAUGACUAUGUUCUACCAAAGGAGGAUUGUCUCAGUGAUGAAUGGAAAUUAUUCGAGCUUGACAUGAAAACUGUAACAGUGCAAUAUCUGGAGGAAAUUAUCUGUGAUUUUAAAUUUAGUAUUAAGAAAACAGGAACCAUGCAUGGAUUUUGUGCCUGGUUUGAAGUUGGGUUCGGUACAUCUGAUCCAAAUGGAGAACAAGUCUUACUCAAUACAGGGCCUUUACAUGAAUUAACUCACUGGAAACAGGAUUUAUUUUUACUGGAUACACCUGUAGAGGUGGUACAGGGCGGCACAGUUGUUGGAAGUAUAGUAUUAUCAAGAAAUCCAGAAUAUAGACGACAUAUUAGAGCAGAGUUUAAGUUUAUGGUAACUUCAGGAAAUGAAAUUUGUAGUAAACACAAGAAAAAGUUCUUCAUAUGGAGAUAAGUUUCUCUGUACAUUGACCUGAUCAUUGUGAGAUAUCAUAAGACGUUAACUUAUAGAUAACUAGCAGUUGUCAAACCAGGCGUACAAGACGUAUAAUGCAGCUCACAACUUCUCGGUUCAUUCAGUCAGUCUUCGGAAAAGGACCUUGAACAAUACAUUUACCACUUUGGCAUUGUAUCUCAGUUAACAAUCAUUGAAAAUAUAUAACAUGUAAACAAAUAAGAAAUAAAUGCUUGAACUAAA